CGCCCCGUGCUCCUCCUCCUCCUCCACCAUGGCCGCCUCACAGAGCCGACUACCAGCAGCCGUGGCGCUGCUACUGCUGAUGGCGGCGGCCACGCCGGCGCACGCCAGGAGGUUCGGCCGCUGCGAGCUGGCCAGGGAGCUGCGCUACCGCCACGGCCUGCCCUGGGACCAGCUCGCCACCUGGGUCUGCAUCGCCAACUACGAGUCCAACUUCGACACCGCGGCUGUCGGCCGCCUCAACGGCGACGGCAGCCUCGACCACGGCAUCUUCCAGAUCUCCGACAAGUACUGGUGUUCGCCGCCGGGCCACGGCUGGGCGUGCGGCAUCUCCUGUGACCGGCUGCAGGACGACGACAUUUCGGAUGACGUGACGUGCGCGCGCCGCAUCCACGCCGAGCACCAGCGGCUCUCCGGCGACGGGUUCAACGCGUGGACCGUCUACCGCCAGCACUGCAGCGGCGGCCGCGCCGGGCACUUCCUCAACGGCUGCUUCUGAGCGGCACAGCGUCAGCGCAUGGCGGGCAACGACGGGUCUCCUAACCAGGUGGUCUCGAGUUUGCAGCAGAAGCACUUUUUCCAGAGAACAACUGUGGUUCUUCAUUUGCAUAAACAUUCAUCGUUAAAUACAUAAAUAUUCUCUUGAUUCUUAUAUUCAUACACGAAAAACAUGUUAUUUUGGUGUAGCAACAUAAAACACACCGUCACAGUCAUAUAGUGGCAGCAAAAUAACGUAACAGCACUGAGAUGUCAUUCACUGUGUCAUCCACGAUACUGAAGUGCAAUUUUUAGUAGCAUAGACUAAAUUUUUUAUGUCAUUCAUCAUGUGUAUAUGCUUCGCUCCAUACUGCUUAUGAGUUGUAUAAUUUUCUUUUCACGUCAUUUGCGGCUUGUAUAUGAUCAAAUAAAUAGCUACUGUCUUGUAUGCCAAA